UUUAUAUUCUGAUGAUAGAAAAGGAAUGGAAGCAGCUUUAGAUAAAUUUGAAAAACAAAAAAUUGAAGGAAUAAAUUUAUUAGAAUUAAAAGAAGAAAUUAAAAAAGAAAUUAAAAAUGAAUUAAUUGAAUUAUGGGAAAAUAAAAAUGAGGAUGAUGGAGGGUAUAAAAAAUUAAAACAAUUAUUUGUAAAACAUAAUGGUGCUAGAACUAACGUUUUAUUUUUAUUUCCACUUAAACGUGAAGAUGGUGGUGUAUUAUAUGGAGCGGAGAAAAGAAUGCAUCCACUUAUUUAUAUUGAUAAUGAAGAAUUUGAUAAUUGGAUAAUCUCAACAUAUUAUUUAAUUCUUGGGGGAAAAGAUUUUUUAAAUUUAGAGCAACGUUCAACAUUAGCUAAUAUAUUAAUUCAAGUAAAAUGGGUAGAUAAAAAUAUUAAAGAAAAAUCAAAUCCAACAGAAUGGAGUGCUGUUCGUUCAAUGAUUAUGGGAGCAGUUGAUAAAAUGUCAUCUAAAAAUUUAAGUUAUAAUCAACCAGAAGCAAAUAUUUUAUUAAAUAUGCUUGGGAAAUUGAUAAAUUUAAUUAAAAAUAUAGAAAUUAAAUUUAUUGAAAUAAUGAAUGUUUUGAAGGAAGAAUUUAAUAGUUUAUUAUUAUUAAAUAAUCCGAGUGAAGUUAUUCCUAUUUUAAAUAAAAAAGAAAAUAAAAAAUUUAUUUGUGAAUUACAUAAAGAAACAAUUAAUUAUUUAAUAAAUAUUAAUGAAGAAUUCAAAGAAAAAAUUGAAAGUAUUUAA